AUGGCUGGAUGGAGGGAUGCGGGGAGGGAGGGCUGGAGAGAGGGAAGGGAGGGUGGCGUGGUGCACAGCUACAGCUUCGAUUCGUACCAGCUGGAGGAGGAGGAGAACAGUAAAGAUGCCCCAGAACAAGGAGUGCUGGCUCUGUCUGAGCCCGAAAAGGGAUUCAUCGUGGUGAGUCGUAUUCCUACUGUUUUAAUUUUCCAACCCUUGACUCCCUUAUUUACAUCAUCAGACUUUGAGCAGCCGAUCCCUGAUGACCGUUACCAUGGCAUCUACUUUGCAAUGCUGUUGGCAGGAGUGGGUUUCCUGCUUCCCUACAACAGCUUCAUCACUGAUGUCGACUACCUGCAUCACAAGUUUCAGGGAACGUCCAUAGUGUUCGACAUGAGUCUGACGUAUAUAGUAGUUGCUCUGUUGGCUGUGAUCCUCAACAAUGUGCUGGUGGAGAGGCUCAGUAUGCACACCAGGAUUACUGUGGGUUACAUCUUGGCCCUGGGGCCCCUCAUCUUUGUCAGUGUGUUUGACGUCUGGUUGGAAAAGUUCACCACCAAGGAGGCUUACGUCAUCAACCUGUUGUCAGUGGGAGUGGUGGCAUUCGGAUGCACAGUGCAGCAGUCCAGUUUCUAUGGUUACAUGGGGAUGCUGCCCAAGAGGUAUACUCAGGGGGUGAUGACUGGAGAAAGCACAGCUGGAGUGAUCAUCUCACUGUCUCGCAUCUUCACCAAGCUGCUGAUCCCUGACGAGAAGAAGAACACCCUGAUCUUCUUCCUCAUCUCCAUCAGCAUGGAGAUGCUAUGCUUUCUGCUUCACCUUGUCGUCCGACGCUCAUUCUUUGUCCGGUACUACACCAGCCACGCCCAGGGCAAAGGUCCGGUCAAAUGUCAUGAUCCACGAGAGACCGGCACAGGAUACAGGGUCCAUCAUGACGUCACAGCAGAGGAAGUAAUAUUUGGAAACGGAGGAACCGCACCGUCUUCCACAGAAGAAGGCCAUGAGGACUUUGUGGGCGGUACUUAUGUUAGAUUCGACGCUCCCAAAGCCAAGAUAAGGAAGACCUGGCCCGGUGUCCGCGACAUGAUCUUGCAUCGUUACAUGGUGUCCCGUGUGAUCUGGGCCUACAUGCUGUCCAUAGCUGUGACCUACAGCAUCACUUUGUGUCUGUUCCCUGGGCUGGAGUCAGAGAUAAGGAACCCCACCUUAGGCGAAUGGCUGCCCAUCCUCAUCAUGGCCACCUUCAACAUGUCAGACUUUGUUGGCAAGAUCCUGGCGGCGUUGCCCUACGACUGGUCCGGGGGCCGCCUGCUCUUCUUCUCCUGUCUGAGGGUGGUCUUCAUCCCUCUGUUUGUCCUGUGCGUGUACCCGGCGAGUGCGCCCAUGCUGUCCCAUCCUGCCUGGCCGUGUCUCUUCUCACUCCUUAUGGGAGUCACCAACGGCUACUUUGGGUCUGUGCCGAUGAUCCAGGCCGCUGGGAAAGUGCAACCCGAGCAGAGGGAGCUGGCAGGAAAUACAAUGACAGUCUCCUACAUGACGGGUUUAAUGGUGGGCUCCUCUGUGGCGUAUGCAACGUACAGCUUCACCCCUACAGCAGCAGGAGCACGCCUCCCCACAUACGCACCUUUCAAUGCUACAGGGCACUGAAUGUCUACAUAUACACUAAAACAUCCACACACACAAACAAAGAAGUAUAUAUGUACCUAUGUGCAGCAGAAGCAAGCAUUUAUAGUUGUAGCAACAUUUUCAUCCUCUGUAAUGAAUUUUCAAAGAGGAGCAGAGCUGGAGCUGCGCCCCUGGUACAGAAGUACUGAUGGUAAAAUAACUAUUUAUCCCUAUUAGACAGACCUUCAAGCAUCUUUUGCCCCUGUUUUAUAAUAAUACAUGAUUAAAUAUGAGAAGGUGACAUUAUUAUUGGGUUAUAUCAGCAUAAAUUAAAGAAUAUUUCUGCUACAAGCAGUUUGGGUCUUGAAAGUUUAAGAGAGGUGAUCAAAGACCGGAAAAUAUAAAAUAUACAAAUGUUUAAGUAAUUUAAACGUUUCUUUUUUAUUUUGUCUGUUUUCACAUUGAAUCCAAAUUAGACAUGGGGUUAUCUUAUUAAAGCUCUACAAUAAGUGUAUUUAAAGUGCAUUUAUCUUUCCAGAGUUCCUACAACAUUUAAAGCCGAAAAAAACAGAAAGGUCUGUACAUGUGUAUACAAUAGCAUGCAAUCAGUUAGGUUCUUUUAUAUAGCAGGUAUGUUAGAUGAGCAAGUAAGAGUGUUGUCAUUUGCAAAACUACAAAGAUACAUUUCUGUGUGUGGGUAAGAAGCCUUGUGAUAAAUCCAACAGCAGCAACAUAAACUCUUCAUAAUCAAUGAAAACUGUAGAAAAGUCCAGUCUUCAACUUGAGCAUAUUUAUUCAGUAGAGGAAGAAAACAUGUUUAAGAAGGAGUUAUUUUUAACAAACAAUCAGUGGCACAGUGGUUGGUGCACCUAGCAAUCCCUUAAAAUGAAAUGCAAUUGGAGAUGUUUUUUAUAAUGAUGCUUUACUGUUAAAAGCGUUUAAAAAAACGUCUCGUCAGUAAUCCGUGAUUAUGUUUCCCAGAGUUUUAAACAGUUUUCCUGAACUACUCUUCAAAAUUGGAAAGGUUGGAGAACUUGUUAUUCAAUAAAAUUAGAUGUUUGUUGACCUUCAAAAGUCAGGAAAUAUCUCCUCACAUGAACUUGCCAAUAGCUACAAUCAGGACAAUAAUUAAGCAGUUUUAAACAGUGAUAAACAAGAACAAGAUGAGAACUUGAAGUUGUUUUGCCACCAGGAAAUAGUGAGCAGUGUGUUAAAGGAGGUAGAAAAUCUACAAAGUUCGCUGGCUCGCUAUAACUGUCAUUAAAAACUAUGUACACGCUAACUGGUUGUUUGGGUGAAAAAAAAUAUAUAUAUGUAUUUCCUGCUCUGUGAAGCAAAGGAUGAAUAUGUAGAAAAGCCUCUGAUCCCAACGGUUAAGUAUAGUAGAGGAUCUGGAAUGCUGGGUGCCUGUUUAUCUUCCAAAGGCCCUGGGAACUUUCUAAGAAUGCAAGGCAUCAUGAGACACAGACGAACCUUUCUUUCAUGGCCAUCUCAGUCCCCAGAUCUAAAUCCUGUCAAAGAUCUGAGGGGUGAGGUAAGGGUGCAUCAUCCCGGGACUCUGGAUGAUAUAGUAAAAUUGCACCAAGAGGAAUGGACAAAGAUCUGUCUCUCCAUGUCCACUCUGUGACAUUUUAUGGAAGAGUUAGUGUCAUCUUAUUGGCAAAAGCGCAUCGGACAAAUAUUAACUGCAAGGGACAAAAUAACUGAAACACCAGUGAUUUUAUGACAGAAUUUUCCCCCCUCCACUGAAUAAAUGUUCUCAGAUUUGGAUCUUUCAAAAAUGUUCAGAGCGAGAUCAGUUUUAUGCAGUAACUGUUGUAUUGAUUUUAAGGCUGACCCUACAUUGUGCAUCAUCAUUGAUGAUUUAACAAAUUUUUUGAUGCCACUCUCAUUGACACAUUGAGAUAGUUAUGACAUAUCCUUCAGCUUGGACAUUUUGGGUUUGAAGUAGUAUUUUUGUAUUUCUGAUUCUUUUUUCCUGUCACUGGUUAUCAUCAGCGUAAAAAUGCAGGAUAAAAGCAGAAAAAAACAACCAGUUGGUGCCAGAAAUGUCUGUCUGAAUGAAAAGCUGUUAUCAUGCAAUAUGAAAUGCACUCAAUACAGUAAAUAGUUUUUGUUUUUUCAAAUGCAAAUUCUGCUGAAUUUAGAGUCGAUCCUUUAAGAUGCAGAACAAGUCUCAGUGUGAAUAGACUUUAAAUGCACUGCGUUACCGAGCCUAAUAUCUGCACUGUUUGAAGAGCAGUAUGGAAGCUAACCUUAUUACCGUGUGUGUGUGUGUGUGUGUGUUCCUGUCUUGGCAUCACAGUGAGAACCAUUUUCCCGAUUUCACCAUCAAAUUGAGGACCGUUUGUACCAAAGUGAGGACAAUUUGCUGGUCCUCACGACCUA